AUGGCAAGUGCAGUUGAGGUACCCCAGGUUCUCGAACGCGCAUGGCCGCUCGUGGACGUGAAAAGCCAGGGUUUCAUUUACGCGCGAGACUUCCCCUUGCUCAUCGGCAAACUCGACGAGCAAGUAAACGCCCAGCGGCCCGCUCACCGAAGAACAGAGCUGGUUUCAAAGACCGGGCGCGAUAUAUUGACCAAGUUCGCGACCGACCAGGAGUUUUUCAAAGUCUACAAAGAAGAUUUCAAAGACCUCUUCAACGGACUCGUCGGGACGAGUUUCAAAGCCGCCGUCGAGAAAUGUGCCGGCGAAGAAACUCUCAAUGGCGCUAGUCCUACGAAGUCCGGCAUUUGCGAGGCAGCGAACCGCGAUGCUGGCAUCGCGGCGCUCAAGAGCCACCAGAUCGACGACGACUGUUCGCCUCCGUCGUCCGCGAGCGCCAUGAGCAGUUUCGGCCGCGCCCAAAACCAUCAUGACGUCGUGACAGCACUGAAACGAGAACUGCAAUUCCAGGACGAGAUUAUACGAGAAAAGGACCGGGAGCUGCUCCGACUCACGAAACGGGCCUCGGAGUUUCAAGACAAAUACGAGUUUCUCGAGCGUGAAUUCAGUUUCUACAAGGGGCACGCGGAGCCCCACGCGACAACGCGUAAGCGAUCCGUGCCGUCGCCACCUGCCUCUGCGCCCGCGCCGGCCUCUUCAGCUUUUGCGUCGCAACUGCUCUUGCACGACAAUACCAAACACGAGUUCAUUAUAGCCGAGCUUACCCGCAAGAUCGACGGCCAGCGCGAACUGAUUCUGGCCAUGCGCGCGCAGCUCGAUGCGGCAGAUUCCGGAGUCUCAGGCACGCGACGCACGCUGCACUCCGGCUCGAGUUCCGACCCGCCUGCGCUUUCUGCCCUUUGUGACCGUGCGCACAGGGCUUUCGCCGUUUUUUUGCUGCUCGUCGUACCGCUUUUCGUAUGCCUGCGGGCGUGGGGCGCACUCUCCACGGCUCGCGACGCAAACGUCGGCCCACGCGCGAUCGUCGAGGGCGGAGCUCCAGCCUGGUGGGAAAACAGCGCUGUCCUGUGCAGACUGCGCUGGUUCGUCGCCGACGUGUUCGGCCAGGGCGCCCCAGGUGUCGGCUCGCUAUUGCGCACGCGAACUGCUGCGCUCGACGGUCCAGCACUGGCAAGCUAUAAUCGGCUGUUCGGCAUUUAG